AACAACAAAAACAACAACUGCAACGGCAACAACUGAAGCAACAACAAUAUCAGUUACACAUCGAACUGUUAAAGCCCAGUGCCAGUACGCAGAUUUCACAAUGAAAACGUCGCAGCGAAAUCCAGGUUUUGUGGGCGACGAUGGCAAUAGCACCACCAGCACAUUGGCCAUGUCGUCACUGCCAGCAGAGACGACAACGGAGGCCGAACAGGAAGCUAACAAAUCGACGGGCACGCGGCAGGGCGAGCGCGCUACAUGGGGCAAGGGCGUGGAGUUUCUGAUGUCCUGCAUUGCAAUGUCUGUGGGCUUGGGCAAUGUGUGGCGCUUCCCGUUCACGGCACUGGAUAAUGGGGGCGGGGCCUUUCUAAUACCCUAUCUCAUUGUGCUAUUCCUAAUUGGCAAGCCGAUUUACUAUCUGGAAAUGGUAAUUGGACAGUUUUCGAGUCGCGCCUCCGUGAAGGUAUUCGAUUUGUGCCCGGCCAUGAAAGGCGUUGGCAUUGGACAGGUGAUAUCCAUAUCGCUGGUAACCACCUACUACGUCGGCAUAAUGGGCAUAACACUUAACUAUUUCUACGAUUCGUUUCGUAAUCCGUUGCCCUGGUCCGAGUGCCAGGCCGAAUGGGGUGCGCUCUGCGUGGCCUCCAGCCAGGGCAACAUCAGCUCCAGCGCCAUUUCCAGCUUUGGCGGUAACUCCAGCUUAAAUAUGAUUGCACCGCAACGGCAGCGCGUUGCAUCCGCCGAGCUGUAUUUUCUCAAGGAGGUGCUACGUGAGAAGGACCAGAUAGCGGAUGGCAUUGGCCUGCCCAACUGGGAGCUGGUCAUUGGCCUCUUCGUGUCGUGGAUGUGCGUCUUUCUGAUCAUACGACGCGGCGUGAAGAGCUCCGGCAAGGCGUCCUACUUCCUGGCCAUCUUUCCGUACGUCAUCAUGGGCGUCCUGCUGAUACGCGCCGUCACCCUGCCCGGCUCGCUGGACGGCAUCUACUACUUCAUCAAGCCCGAUUGGAACAAGAUCCUGGAUCCGAAGGUGUGGUACGCGGCGGUCACCCAAUGCUUCUACUCGCUGUCCGUCUGCUUUGGCAACAUCAUCAUGUACGCGUCGUUCAACAAGUUCGGCCACAAUGUGCACCGGGAUGCGACCAUUGUGACCGCCUUGGACACGGCCACCUCGCUCCUGGCGGGCUUCACGAUCUUUGGCAUUCUGGGCCAUUUGGCCCACGAAAUUGGCACCGAGGAUAUUGGCAAGGUGGUCCGAGGUGGCGCCGGCUUGGCCUUCAUUUCCUAUCCGGAUGCGAUAGCCAAGUUCAAGCAGCUGCCGCAAAUCUUCUCCGUGCUCUUCUUCCUGAUGCUCUUCGUGCUGGGCAUCGGGUCGAACAUAGCGAUGACAUCCUGUACAGUCACGGCCAUACGCGAUCGCUUUCCCAACUUCAAGCAGUGGCAAUGCUCGCUGCUCAUAGCCGUCGUCAGCUUUGUCAUUGGACUGAUGUACAUAACACCGGGCGGUCAGUAUAUGCUCACAUUAGUGGACUUCUUUGGCGCUUCAAUGAUCGCCUUGGUGCUGGGCAUUGCGGAGCUCUAUACGAUUGGCUGGAUCUAUGGCACGGAUCGUUUGUGCAAGGACAUUGAGUUCAUGCUGGGCAGAAAGGUUGGACUCUAUUGGCGGCUGUGCUGGAGCAUCUUUACUCCACUCAUUAUGACCAUCAUUCUGAUCUACUUCUAUGCGACCUAUGAGCCGCUCAUCUACAACAAUCAACCGUUUCCAGCCUGGGCUUAUGGCAUUGGCUGGUCCAUCACAGCCUUUGGCGUUAUGCAGCUGCCGCUUUGGAUGCUCGUCGCCAUCAUUCGGGAGCCUGGCAAUACGCUGGGCGAGAAGAUCUGCGGCGCCUUCAGGCCCAAAAAGAACUGGGGACCCACCGAUCCGCUGCUGCGGGAGCAGUACAAUAAGCAAAUCGAGCACGAGCUAAUGCCCAAACGGGGACAAGGCUUCUGGGCCAGCAUUAAGCAAAAUAUCUUUGGCUGAGUUUCAGAUCUCUGAAGAUGUUUACUUUAAGAUGUGUGUAUAUAGUAUUUUAUAUAUUUUAUUUGUAAGUG